AGUUGCUCUUCAAGUCUCCUUCAGGUUGAAGCUGUACAUGUACAUGUGAAAAGGAAGGAAGUACGUUACCCUAUGUGCUUAAAGUCUGCCACUUCCUCAGGCUGACCACUCCGGCAGCGCAAGAAGCCAGAAGUUCCAGAAGACGAAAGAGACGAUCUGAGGGUUGGGCCCAGUGAGGGGGAGGACUAAAGAGGAGAGGAGGAGGAGACAGGAGUGAAAAAAGAAAACGGUGAAGCAGAGAGGAGAGACAGAGAGAGCAGGACCUGUGACAGUGACAGAAGACCUGAACCAGUAUUUCUUUCUUUUUUUUAAUUCAAAAACAUGGAUUUAAGUUUGCUUCAAGUUAUGGAGAGAGAGAGCAUCCUGGAGGUUCUUCGGAGAGACAAACAGAUGCGAGCAAUCGAAGAAGACAGGAUCAGGAGGAUGAAAUACGACCUGCAGGAGCUCCGAAGGAAGGGUGCAAAGAGCUAUGCCCGGCAGUACGGCGAGCGGACCUGCGCCCGCUGCCAGAGGCCGCUGGGAAAGUUCUGGAACUCUGGCGCAGUCUGCCGCGGCUGCAGCCACCGCAUCUGCAACAAGUGUCGUGUGGGAGCAGCGAUCUGGAAGUGCACGGUCUGCCACGCAUACAGGGAUGUAAAAAUCAAGUCCGGAGAAUGGUUUCUAGAAGAAAAGUCAAAGAAAUUUCCAGUCACCACAGACAAAUAUGAGACGGUUGGGGAGAAUCUACUGAAGACCUACAAUGUGCUGAGUCAUAUAUCCAUUGUGCCUCCCACUCCUCCACCUCACUUGGAUUAUCACUUCCUGAGCAGAUCUGGGGAUUGGAAAAACUCAAAGCCUUUCACCAAAUCUGUGGAAAAUCUAAUGGUUUCCUUCACGAGUCACAUUAAAAAGAUUUCCAAUUCUCAAAACGACGUCCGUGAAGAUCUGCUGAAGGUCGACAACAGAUGGAGAGGCUCGAGCUUUACCCACUCCACCCAAAAGAGCCUGUCAGACACAGACAUAAACAAAUCGAGCACGCUCUUCAAAGUCCCAAGUCUUCCAAACCUGUUCAAGAAAAGCAAAGACAGCGACCAGGAGGGCUCCUCCACCGGGGCAGAGGACGAGACUUCAUUCGGUUCUGAGUACUCUGAAGGGAAGAGAGGCAGCUGCAGCAGCACCAGCACAGAGUUGGGCUUUGAGAGCGUUUCUGUGACCGGAGAACUGGAGCUGGCUCUGGCCUUCAACACCAACACCUCCCGUCUGGAGAUCACAGUCGGCACCUGCAGAAACCUGUCCUACGGAGACAGCAAGAAGAGGAAGUGUCACCCAUACGUGAAAAUCUACGUGCUGCCGGACAAGAGCUGCAAACUGAAGACGUCAGUGAAGAAGAACACGACUGAUCCGGUUUACAAUGAAGUUUUGAAGUAUGGCAUACAGCGCAACAUGCUCAUUGGAAAGAGGCUACAGGCGACUGUGUGGCAUUCAGGUACCCUGAAAAGGAAAGUUUUUCUUGGUGAAGUCCUCAUCCCUCUGGACGGCUGGAGAUUUGAAGACAAGGCAUUCCAGUGCUUUAACUGGUAUCCACUGUGUCCGAAGCCUGAAAGACAAAACGGAGGUGAUCAGGAGUGAGGAGAACCGCUGGCCGGAGUCAUGGCGUCUGACUGGGAGCCAGCAGAGAGCUCAUCCACAAGACGCCCAUUUCAAAAAAAAAAGAGGGAGACUGAAGUCCUCCACUGCUGCUCGUCCAGGACGUCACUCUGUGGGAUCAAAGCACCUCCUGCCUCUCUGAGGCACCAUAAUGGGGACUUGAAUGGAACAAUAACAGCAGAGAUCCACUUCUGAACAUCCUCUGUGGAAACACUUUAAUGCCGCCUGUGAAGCAUCUACAAUCGUUAUGAAUGUAUACACCACCUCAAGCAAAGCAGUUGUGAUUAAUUAAUAUUUUUUUGCAUUAUAGAACAGACUAUAAAAAAAAUCAAUUGCUUUAUAGAAACAUUAUUUAUGCUUGUUAUAUUUAUUUAGCUUUCUGUUUCUUUUUUUUUUUCAUCUGCUAAGCACCUUGAAACUUGAAAAAAUCAAGUUACAGUCUAUAACCAUGGGCUCCAAGUCUGUUUAAUAAUUACUUUAUAAUAUCCUGUGCUGCAGUUUUAAGCUAAAGAAAGAUUGGAUAAGCCAGCUUCCUGAUGGAGGUUGUACCUAACAUACCGACAUAUUUGUUUAUUAACUGCUUGUGGAUGCUUCAUAGUUGCAGACGGCUAGCACGUACAAUUUUAUUGCUUUAUAAAUGUUAAACAGUUAAAGUGAUGCCACUUCCGUUCAAGGCCUCUCUGCUGACAUUCGUCGAUCCGUUCAGACCCAUUUUCCUCGUUAAUGCCCAUGUUCUUCUGUCAGAGGAGAGCAGCAACAAAACGUCCAUGCAAAUAAAAUUAGUGGAAGAGACGCUAAGCUAACGUUACUGACAAAUGAAAUCUGGAGCCACACCCGGCGGUGGAGCGGAAGCAGUUUGAGUCGCUUCAGACACACACGCACAGACACACCACACAGCGGCUCUUCGAGUACAAAGACACGUUUCUUGUCUCUGUGGACGCGGCGUGUGAAAGCAGCAGCAGAAGAAGAGAAGGAAUAAGGCGGUUUCUGUGCUGGGGGCAGUGAUGUCACUGACCUGGAAUUCUGUUGACUCCGCGUUCUCCCGGCUCACCAUGGCAACUGGAGGCUCACCAGGUUAAGCGUGACGUCAGCUCGCCUGCGUCAACAGGUGGAGAAAUUGAAGCCAGCAGCGGCACAGGCCGCUUACAGACUCAUUGUAUUUAUUUAUUUAUUUAUUUAUUUAUUUUUGUUUACAUCCAGCACUUUAAGACGCUCAUUUAGCAUUCAACUAUUUACAGUGUAUGUGUAGUAUAGCUGUCAGAUAAUAAGUCGAUCAGCUUCCACGUGCAUGUCUGUUUUCGUUUUUUGUCAUUUUAUUUAUUUUUCUGUCACACUGAAUUGCUUUUGUAAAAAUAAAAGUAUCUGAAUAUGAAUCAAAACAACGUGAGGGAGUCCUGACAUGCUGAUAUUAUAAAUAUAAAGCUCUACUUUUUGGGAA